AUGUCCGUCGCGUCCUCUUCUCAAAACCCGUCUGGCGGCGACUCCUACGCCCGCGCGGUCCAGUUCCCUUACUCGUACAGCGCAGCCGACUCCAGCUACCUGCCUCCCAUGGGUCCGCAGUACCCACUCUACCAAACUCCCCGCGCAGCCCACGACGAUCGUGGCCGGCAAAAGAAAUUCAUAGAGUCCUCCGCCCAGCGCCGCGGCCGUGUCGAGUUCAUCCGCCGCCGUGAGUGGACCCACAGGAUCACUGACUGGGUCAACCAGUAUGCCUCCCCCAGCCCAAAGCUAGGCACUACCUACACGUGGGAUCACCUCUUGCGCUAUGUUGACGACGACGACUACGCCGCGAGCGCACCCGAUACCCUAGACGACCCGGACGACGCGGAGCCGUAUAUUAUCUACACCGCGAGCCCCCGUCCGCGUCCUAGCGAUACCCCUUCACCCUCACCUUCCUUGUCCUCCGUCUCUUCCUCGUCUUCCUGUUCCUCGGCAACAGCAACAGCAGCCUCGAGCUCCCCUACAUUCCUGCCUCCGGCGCCUCGUGUGCGCCGGCGGCCCCACGAGAUACCCCGUUCGCGGCACUCCUCCCUCUCCUCCAUAUCCGAGGAGGACGAGUACGCGCACCCCAGGCCUCUCUACUAA